CACUAAGUAAUAUAAUGCCAAUUAGCACGCCAGGUUUAGCUGUUAGUGCUGAUUGAUUGAUUGAAAUAAAUGUAAUGAAAUGAAAAAAAUAUUUUCUUCUAUGGAAACUUAACCACAUAUGCACAUAUCUGUAAUGUUUGUAUCUCUUGUGGCUGGGCAUUAAUUAAGCGCUUCACACACCUUUUACGAAUACGUUAACGUAGUGAUUAUAUGCUCUUUGAUACGUUACAUCAAAAAAUGGCAUGGGAUUUUAGAUAAUUGCUUGCCAAGUAGGAUCAACUAAUUCAAUUGAUCAACUAAAUGUCGCAAUGUAAUACAAAUUAUGGUGGAUUGGCGAUUAUCGUGACGUUUGUAGAAGUCAUUAAUUAAGUGACAAUAGGACGCAGCUAUACGUUAGAGACGAGGCGGUAGAGAUAUCUUAUUUGUUUUUUUUUACUAUCCCCCACUUCUUUUACCCCACACACGACAAACCAUAGCACGAACCGAGCGAGCCAAACUCGCCGCUCGCCGCGCUGCUGAACAGCUCAAAACCCACGCCUAAACUUUUUUCUUUUGUUUGACUUUAUUAAUAACACUUAUUGUUGUCGUGCUCGGCCCGACCAAUUCCGUUUGUUACUGGGAGAAUUAUGGAUUUGGAUAACCUUAUUAUGAUCGUAAAUUAAUCUUAAGGACACUCAAAAUAUUUAAUUAGUAAGUACAGUGUUGUGAGUAAUAUUAAGUCGAUAAGUGUCUAGUGAUAGUAAAAAUGGGUUGCGCGCAAAGUGAGAUUUCACCCCAAAAUGAAACUCCGAAGAAAAGUUGCACCGAUGUCCUUUGGUUGGUGAUCUAUAUUGUAUUUUGGGUGCUUAUGCUCGUAAUCGCAGCAAUAUCGUUUGUUUACGGGAAUCCUGCAAGAAUAAUCAAUGGGUUUGACUCGUUCGGCAACACAUGUGGUGUCAAAACUAAUCAGAAGCUCAUAAACUUUCCUUUAGCGGGAAUCAGUACAAUAGACAAGCCCUAUUUGUUCUUUCUGGACAUAAAGGAACUGAGGAAAUCUAUAAAAAUUUGCGUUAAACAAUGUCCUAAUAAGAUAUUGAAGGAUUUGCCUGCUAUUCAAGAGUUCUAUCGUGAAACUGGUUCUAAUCUAUGUACUUAUGAAACAAGGUUGAAUGAGCUGGUUAAAGACGAUGCACUGCACAGCAUGACAGGGCCAUGUCCCGUAACACCUGUAGUGGAGACAUUUCCUCUCCUGAACAGAUGCAUUCCGAAGUCCUUAAAAGAGUUUUCGAAGAAAGUAUCCACAGACGUGUACAACUUGCUCAACAGUUGGGGUACGAUAGAGCAGAUGCUGACGGACUUGUAUUCAUCAUGGAAAGAAAUGAUAAUAUGUGUCAUUGUUGCAUUAUUAUGUUCCUUGAUCAUGGUUUCCAUACUGCAUCUGCUAGCUACUGUGGUAUCUUGGAUUUUCAUGAUAGUGGUAUCAGUAGUAAGCAUCGCUGGCACUGCCCUUUUGUGGUACACCUAUUACGAGUUAAAACGUGGAAACCAGAACUUCACCGGAUCCAUAUAUUUGACAGAAUCUCUUAAGAAUGAGACUGCAUUCCUCUGGUAUUCUAUAAUUGCUACUAUUAUUACGGUGAUCUUACUACUGCUAGUAUACGUGAUGCGUUCCCGCGUAUCGUUCCUGGCUCAACUGUUUCGUGAGACCGCUCACUGCCUCGGCUCCAUCCCAGCUCUGUUUAUCCAGCCGAUCAUCACUUUCUUCUUCCUCGUGCUGUUCUUCGCCUUCUGGUCUAUUGUCGUGGCUUGCCUCGCAACAGCCACGUAUCCCGGUAUCCCGUACAAAUAUAACUUCUUCAUCAACGGCUCCCAGAUGCCAGAUCUGGUCAACAACGCGUCUGUCAGGACCCAAAACGUCAACAGCAGCGCUACACCUAAACAAUUCAAUCUGGACCCCAUCGAGUUCAGCCCCUGCUGGGUGCAGAGCAUGUGGUGGAUGUGCCUCAUCUGCCUCGUGUGGGGCAGCGAGUUCAUCCUCGGCUGCCAGCAGAUGACCAUCGCUGGGGCCGUGUCGCACUGGUACUUCCGCGGCGAAAACGCACACUCUCCCGUCCUGUACUCCAUCGGCAAGCUGGUCAAGUACCACCUCGGCUCCGUCGCUAAAGGCUCCUUCCUCAUCACGCUGUUCAAGAUACCGAGGCUUAUACUCACUUAUCUACACGCUAAAUUGUCAGCCAGAGCCGACAAGGGCUCCGAAUGCGCCAAGUGCGGCCUCAAGUGCGGCAUCUGCUGCUUCUACUGCCUGGAGAAGUUCAUGCGCUACCUCAACCACAACGCCUACACCAUCAUCACUAUAGAGCGGUGCAACUUCUGCAAAGCAGCUGGCAAGGCGUUCAGCACAAUAGUGAACAACGCGCUCCAAGUGGCCACCAUCAACAGCGUGGGCGACUUCAUCCUGUUCCUGGGCAAGUGCAUCGUGACCGCGGUCACCGGCAUCAUCGGCCUGCUGCUUGUUAAACGGAACCCCGACCUGCACUUCUACGCCGUGCCCACACUCUUCAUCUGCAUAUACUCCUUCUUUAUUGCUCAUUGCAUCCUGUCUUUAUAUGAGAUGGUAGUGGACACGCUGUUCCUGUGCGUGUGCGAGGACCGCAACAUGAACGCGGGAGAGGGCCGCUGGAAGAGCUCCCGCCUGGCCGCGCUCGGCGGACACCCGCCCGGCGACCUCGACACCACCGACAACGAGCUUCGCAAUCUGGACUCCAAGUAUUAAGGUAACGAGAGUCCUGAGGCAUUUAUAAUAAAAUAGACGUAGAAUAUAAGUAUAAAACUAGAACGAAAAGCAUCGAGAAAAGUUUUCAUCGAUACUUACAACAGUUUAAUAUGUAUAAUCGAAAUGGAUGUACCUUUAUUGGAAACUCUUAUUGAUAUUUUUUUUUUAUAUUUAUAGAUAGGUGUUUAGAAUAUUAAUUUAUUGAUAAUAUUGAUAUUCAAAGUAUUAUUGUCAUCUCAUGUCUAUAUUUAUGUGGUAUAAGUAAUAACUCCUCUAUUUAAUCUUCUUAUAAUUAUUAUGUCAAGCUUGGUGAUAUCUUGUGAUAACACAUGUUUUAAAAAUCACCAUCAUUUUGAUGCAAUUUAAUGUUUUAAGGGGUGUGAGCACAAACUAAAAUAUCAAUUCAUAUGCACCCUAACUUUAAACCUCGUUAUUAAUACAAAUUUACAGUACAUAUGGUGCUACUUUUCCGCACUAGUGCGUAAAUUAACACAAUGUAACUAUGUCGAAAAUUUAAACGGUCAUAUGUACUGUAAAACGUUGUACGAUACAUGUGCGAAUAGGUAAUUCGCAACUCGUGUCGAUUUAAAACACUCCCUUCGGUCUUGUUAAAAUGUGUGUAUAGUAUAUAACGAUUACAAGCCUCAUUUAGUUAACUUAUGUUUUAAUACUUUCUUACAAAUACACACGUCAGAAUAAGAUAAUGUUUUUUGAAAUUAAUGCUAUUUGAGGCUUGUAGCACCUUUUAUGAAUAACGCCACAAGACUUUAAAAACUACUAAACGUUUUUUUUGAGAUUGAUAUGUAUGCAUUUAUACCAUAGUUAUAUUCUCAUAAAAUUUAUAUACUUGGCGCUAAUAUAUUUCAAGAUAAUAUUAAGUUUUGAUGAUAUCUAUUAUACAAGUUGCUAGUAUUUUAUGAACGUUUAAAUGCGAUUUUUGAUAAAUGUGAAUUUUAUUUUUGUAGUACAAAACACGACUUGACUGUUUAAUUGACACAUAUUGUAAUGUGUGAAGCUUUAACUUAAGUAAUUAUUGUAUUUAAUUAUAUUAGAGUAAAAUACUCCAAUGUUAACUUUAGAUUUGAUUCCUUUUGGCAAAUUUUAUGUCGAUUCAAUUUAAGGUUUUUGCACUUCCAUGAAUGAUUUAUUCUUGUCCAUUCCUUUCCAGAAUUAUUUUUAUAAUUCUCAUUAUUUAAUACUCUAAGAUAGUUUAUUUAGCCUUAAGAGUGAAUUUUUAUUCUAUUUUUACAUCCAUAUUUAAAAUCAAUGCAAGAAUAAUGAAUAAUUAAGGUUAUAAAUGGUAUGAUUGAAAUUUAUAGAUCAACUCAAAAUAGACCAAAUGGUGUCAUGGGAAUAAUGAUUGUUUUCGGUUGAAAAGUGUAAUUAGUCGUAAUUGCAGCUCACGAAAUACUGCGUGCGUAAACCUAAGAUUUCCUUUGGCACGAUUGGUCCUUAGGACCCAGGAUGGAUUUAAGAAGUGGAGGCGCCAAGAUGUUUGAUGUACAUUUUUAGAGGGGGAGGGGCUCUCAACUUUUCUUGAUAUCUAUAUCAUUUAAGUUACUAGGCCAAGUUUGGUAUCGUUUUCGUAUAAAUCGGGGAUGCCCAAAUUCAUUUAUGGUAUCAUAUUGACACAAUUCUGUAGUAAAAAUAUAUAAAAUGUGAAGAAAAAAAGUCCUCUUCACGCUUAAAUUGUUGAAUAAAUUUGUUAAAAGUUAGUAUAUAAUACUUUUGAGUCCCGGGGAACAACAGCAUAGUUUUUUGUCUCCAAAUUCAUCCCUUAUGGGUAUAAAAAGGAAGGUAGAAGUUUGUAUGGGGAAUCAAUAACAGCUGAACCGAUUUAGAUAAAACUACGUCUAAAUCUUUGAUUUAGUUGAAAAUGAUACCAAACUUGACUUAGAUCCCAAACUUAUUAUAAAUAUGGAGUGUGGAAUUAAGAGGGGUGACAUCUCUUAUGGUAGAAUAAUAGUUCCAAAUCUCUCCAGAGUAGCGCUAGAGUAGCUAAGAGCCUAUGCGUUAUUGACGGAGUGAAGUGCGCUGUCUAUGAUUUGUUUUUUUUUUUUGUUCAAGUCUUCUAGGUAUUGUAGCGCCACCUAUUUAAGGUUUUUGAUGACACUUUUUGGUACAUGGAGAUUUCAUUCCUGACCUCUAUUAACUCCACCUUCCAUAGUUAUAAACCUCGGACGUCGCCAACGCUAACCCCCCCCGUCCCCUCCUGCAUCAAAAACCAUUACUUCUUAAAUACUCGUACAUCUUAGGAACGCAAAAAUUAAUUCUGCCACAGGAAACCUUUGGUUCAGAGAAAGCCGUAUUUGGCAUUUUUAUGUAGUGUAGACACAUGACUAAACAUAAAUAUUUUGUAAACAUAUGAAAAGUACAGCAGAUUUUUUUUAUUUAACGUAUUUUAACUGUAGGAGAGGGAGUUGCUAUGAACCUAUUUCUUGGAUAACAGGUUUAAGCGGUAUAUGUAGAUUGAAAAAAAGAAACAUUCUCGUGGACUCAAUAUGUGCAUCCAUAGCAACUACAUUUGUUCAAUGUGAAAAUAAAAACUACUAUUUCAUUUAGGUUAAAUUAGUUCAAGCUGCGUAUAUCUGGCUCAAAAUAAUUGUAAACUCAUGACUGACGGCCGUCCAUGUUUACGAAUCUAAUAUUAAUCGAGAUCUCAACUAUGGUCAAUGUAGGGAAGACCGUCUACAAGCUCUUUUUAGCCGCCUUUAACUCUUACGUUUGCACACGUAAUCUAGUUACAGAAAAAGCGAAGGUUCCCUUUUUCACAGUCUGAGCGACGUACGUAUACAAAUACGAGUUCUGGGCCUAUGACGGUCAUCCCGCCAAAAAAAUGUCGGUCUUCUCCACAAUUGACCUUAUUUAAUUUGAGUAGUUUAGUCUGUGUUGGACAUUUUGUUGUAUUAUUAUUAAGAAUCUAUAAUCAUGUUGUGAACCCGCAUUUUCUUCCAACCGUACCUGUUUAUUGUAGCUUCUGACAUCGAAAUAAAAUUUUACUUUUGUGUGGAAA